AUGAGUUAUUCAAAGAGUGUAAUAAGAGAUCUCAUUGAGGAGUCACAAUCAGCCUUUAUUGAAGGAAGAGGCAUUGCAGAUAACAUCUUGUUUACUCAUGAGUUAUUCAAAGGAUAUAACAGAAAAGGGAUCUCCCCAAGGUGUGUUUUAAAAGUAGACCUCAGGAAAGCUUAUGAUACUUUAGAUCUCCCUCAACAUGAAUGGAGGGCUGACAAACUCAUUUCAAGAAAGAAGAGGCAUUCGACAAGGGGACUCAUGCCCCCUUAUUUGUUUGUCAUAGCCAUAGAGUAUCUGCAGAGGGAACUUGCACAGCUGGCAAAGAACAAGAACUUUAAAUUCCAUCCUAGAUGUAAGAAAUUGGGAACAAUUCACAUUUGUUUUGCGGAUGACCUGUUGAUGUUCUGUAAAGCUGAUAUUACAUCCACCAGACUACUGCAGCAAACAUUCCUCAAGUUCUCUAACUCAUCUGGCCUCCAGGCCAAUGCAGAAAAAAGUUCCAUCCAGCUAGCAGGUAUCUCAGAUAGCACAAAACAAGACAUUAUGCAAGAGUUGGGAUAUACCGAAGGUACUAUGCCAUUUAGAUACCUAGGUGUACCACUAGCAUCCAAGAAGCUGUCUAUUAUCCAAUGUUGGCCAUUAGUAGAGAAGAUUACACAGAAGAUCAACUGCUGGAUAGCCAAAUUGCUUUCAUAUGCUGGUAGGCUCCAGUUAAUUAAAUUAGUCCCGUUUGGGGUACAAUCAUACUGGGCUCAAAUCUUUCAACUGCCUAAGAAGAUAUUGAAGAUGAUUGAAGCCAUGUGUAGAUCAUUUUUAUGGUCUGGCACAUCAACUAUAACCAAGAAAGCACUAGUUGCUUGGGACAAAAUAUGGACAAUGAAGAAGGACAACUUAUGGGUCUGA